UAUUGGAUGGAUUUGUUAAAACAGCUUCUAUAACACGGUUAGACGAAAAUUCAAAUGUUCUCACGGCGUCGUUUCAAACGCCGUUUCUCCCAUCUACCUUUUUGAUUAUGCCCAGGGCACUGUUUCUGCAAAUUCCGUACGUUUUCCCCCAAUGGACGCUAUGCCGCCUUCUUCUUCCCCUCUUUCUCUACAACCUAACGGAUCCUCUGCGUGCGCGUCCAUUAUUCCGUACAAACAUGAUUCGAAUCCAACACUCGAUAAUCAUAUUCCAUCUUCGAAGCCCCUCAUCAGAAAGAAGAGGAGGAAAACUGUUGACAGAGAUGCACCCUCAUCUUCUUCUUGCUCUGCUUAUUCCUCUUCUGUUCAGAAAGGAAUGCGUUUGUCGUCUAAACGCCGGAAUCUUAGGGUUCGGUUCGGUCCAGUUCGGCGAGCCGACGUUCGUGACGUUGACUCCAUUGCGCUUCCUCUAGGAAUGUCCUUCGCGGCCGUUGUUGCUCAGGUUCUGGAAAAGAUAGAUGUUACAAAUGAAAGGCUGCCUCCUGAUUAUCUCUCACUGAUCUGCACUUCAGCUGUCAGAGAAUCUUUAGCCAAUGUUUUUGGAGACAAGUUUGAUUGUUUUGCGAGGAAUUUUGAGAAAUCAUUUGGAAGCACCUUGAGGACUCUUAGAUUGAUUAAUGACUCAUCGAAGCACAAGGAAAAGUAUCCAUCAAACCCCAAUAAUGUGGAAAGUUCUUCAGAUGAAACUAGAAGCAGAAACUCAUUUGACAUAAAGGAUUCUUACUUAGAAGUUGAUCGGCCUUCUGUUUCAACUCAGAAUCAAUUGAAUAUCCAUGAAGAGGUACAGGAGAAUAUCCUAACUGGGUCCCUGAAUCGGGAACUUGUCAUUCAUGGACAAGUUAAUCAACUGGCUUGCUUCAAUCCCAGAACAGGUUCCGUUGCCGACCAGUCAGUGCGCAGCACAAUCGAGAAAUCUGUUAUAGAGCAAGUUCGUUCUAAUGAUCUCAAGACAUUAGAGCUUAGUCUUACUAUGAGAAAGUUGAAGUUGAAAGAGGAACAGCUAGCUUUAAACUUUGAUUCAAACCAUCUAGAGAGAUCAAAAUUGGCAAUGGGCAUAUCAAAGGCAUCCUUCAAAGCUGAAAAGUUCAAGAACGAACUAAAAGACACAGGACAGGCUGAGUUGCUUAAAAAGUGCAUCGAUUGUCUUGUUGCUGGAUUGCUCUUCAUGUCAUUUCUUCUUAUGUAUGGUGCUUAUGUUUACUCUUACAAAAGGAUUACUGAUGCUACAUCAUCUUGUAAUCUUUCACUUGAGGAUAGCAAGUCUUGGUGGCUCCCAAAGCAGGUGUCAUCUCUCAAUAUAGGGUUCCACACUCUCAAGUGCCAGGUUCAAGUUGUAAGCCGAAUGAUGUUCGGGGUCAUACUGAUUCUUGCAGUAGCUUAUUUGCUUAUACAACGAUCUGGAACUUCAAAUCAGACGAUGCCAGUCACUUUUUUACUGUUGCUGUUAGGAAUUGGCUGUGGUUUGGCUGGGAAGUUCUGUGUGGAUACUUUAGGAGGAAAUGGAUAUUACUGGCUCUUCUACUGGGAGAUUCUAUGCUUUUUGCAUUUCCUCGCAAAUGUCUUUACGUCCAUGUUGUUCAUCAUUCUUCAUGGACCUGUUAACAUAUCACAAAGGACAAGCAGCACACUUCUUCCAUACUGGAUUCGGAGAUCACUCUUCUAUUCUAUUAUGCUUUUCAUUCUUCCCUUAUUGUGCGGUCUUAUGCCUUUCGCGGGCCUGUUUGAGUGGAAAGAUCACUUCUUGCAGCUGGUUCUCGAUAAUGGAGAGGAAAUCUAGAGUUUGGAGAGUUGAAUUGGCUGCUGCGAAUUUUAAAGUGCUUGUGAGCUUGUUGUUCAACUUAUGGAAUAAUUAUUUUGGACUAGAUGUCAAAGUGCUGCAUCGUUGUCAGCCGGAAAAGUUUGUGGGCUCUGAGGUAAUUUGUUAGAGCAUUAUUUUAGGUCGUCUUGCUUCAUUCUAUUUUGUACCUCUGCGAUUGUCAAGUCCAGCAGGUAUCUCUUACCUACAGAAAGUUGAGGUUGAAUAGGCAUUUUGGACCGUGUAUCAAACCAUUGUACUUUUAACAUUAUUUAUUAAAUUAUAUUAAUUAUGAAA